UCCGGGUCUGUCAACCAUGCCCUUUCCUUUCACGCCACCAACUUACCACCCGAUUUCAGACAACAGACGUGGCCGGGCGUGGAGACGUGUAGCGCUUAGCAGCAUCCGUUCUGAGACCAAACACAUCUUCACGUACACACAGAGGUAUAUCUGUUUGAUCUCUCUCUCUCUCUCUCUCUCUCUCUCUCUCUCUCUCUCUCUCUCUCUCUCUCUCUCUCUCUCUUUAUAUAUAUAAUAAUUCCCGAGUGUAUAUAUAUAACAUCUCUCAGACCACACACAUCUUCACGCACACACACAGAUAUAUCUGUGUGCUCUCUCUCUCUCUCUCUCUCUCUCUCUCUCUCUCUCUCUCUCUCUCUCUCUCUCUCUCUCUCUCUCUUUAUACAUAUAAGAAUUACCGAGUGUAUCCAUGUAACACUAAAGAAACUAAGUGAUUUAAAUACGUUCGGAUUCUAAAAAUCAGUGAUGGUGAUUUUCUAUUAUUUUACGGAAAUCGAACAUAGAGUUUUUGUUGAAAAUUUAGGAUUAAAUUUUAAAAAUAGAUCGGUCCUAAAAUAUGAAUGUAAUAUAUCGGUAAGACUAAUGAUUUAAUUGGUGAUCAUUAAGAUUUGGUAAUGAAAGGAAAAAGAAAAAAAAAAGAAAAGAAAAAAUAUAGUUCAUGGGAGUGAAAAAGGGGGUAAUGUUGGCGUAUUAUAUAUAGAAGAAAAUUACUUAUUAAAACUUUUAACGCUGUUAGAAACGUAAACAUCAUUACAUAGAUACUUCUUUUUAAAAUAAGUUUUAGCAAUGGCAGGUCGAAAUUACUGCAAAGUGCCUGCCAUUAUUAUCCCGAUAACAUCGGGUGAUAUUUUCUAGUAUACAAUGUGUGUGCUUGUGUGUGUGUAGUGUAACCAUGAUAUGUGUUACUAUAUAUGCCUUGCCCUAUUUCCGACUUUAUCUUCUUAUUCAUACACAAUUCCAGAUAACCGGCAGACCCAUAGACGAUAAGAGCCGAGCUUAGUGUAGCAUUGAAACUAGGUCGGCUCUAAAAAAAAAAAAUGUAACAAUGACGUCAUUCAAUCAGAAAGAAUCUCUAAGACAAAAGUUUAUUUUAUUUAUUUAUUUUUAAUCUAAACGGAACUUAGGUAGUGAUUCUUUCUUAUUUUUUUUUAAAGACGUCACUAUUGUCUUGAAGCAGACGUCAAUAGUUUUGAAAUAUGAUAAGAAUUGACAAGAAAUUGACAAAGUUGGCAAUUUGACAAAAUGAUGAACGUGACAAAAAUGAUGGCCUUGACAAAAAUGAUGGCCUUGACAAAGUGAUGAACUUCACAAAAUGAUGAACUUGACAAAAUGAUGAACCUAACAAAAUGACAAAAUGAUGGACUGACAACUAGAUGAGCCUGGCAAAAUAAAGAAUAAUAGACUCGACAAAACGAUGAAUUUGACAAAAUGAUAAAUUUGACAAAGUGAUACACUUGAAAAAAUGAUGAACUUGACAAAAUAAUGCACUUGACAAAAGGAUGAACUUUUCAAAGAGAUUAACUUGAAAAAAAGCGAAUGAUAAAUACAUUGAUGGUGGGCCCUCAAAAUAUAAAAGAAGAAGUAUUGAAAUCAGGGUCCUUAGGGUAAUCAAAGGUUCCCGCGUUAUGGUUUUCGUUAUGGAAGUUAGCUCAUAAAAUAGAACAUAUUCUUGUCUUAUAUACACACACUAUGUUUCAUCGCACCAUAACGCAAUGUGUAUAGAACUGUGUGAAGAUUCGAAAUAUUGUUAAAGUGGGUCAUUUUCUAAAAUAGAAGACUGGAGGCUAGAGUACAAAUCGGCGUCUCUCUGCCUUUGCAGGCGUGUACCCUGCCAUUUUAACAAGUUUGCAGAUUGCAGUAUCCCUGUUUGGUCACUGCCUGUCAAGUACAUAUUGAACUUUGACCUGGAUUAUGCAACAUGGGUGGAGUUGUUUAUAGUCACUAAGUCCAAUUUGCAAUUCUCUUUGUGUACGAUGAUAAUAAUAAAUUAAAAACGUUAAGGAUUUUGAUGACCAGAGAUCCGCCAAUUGAUGUUCUGCUGUAAAAAUGAAAAUUUUAUUUGUAAAAUAUUCCAUAGCAUUGCACAUAUAUUUAUUAGAAUCGAAAGCAAUUGACUUGUAUGAAAUAAAGGAAAGAGUAAAAUAGCAAAUAUUCAUUUCAAUAGGGCUUGUCAUUUAAUGGCGGUAAUCUAUUAAUAGAACAUCCGGGCAUUCAGUUUGGCCGAUCUUAGGUAAUGGCGGAAAGGUAUUAAUAAAACAGCCGGGUAUUCUGUUUGGUCAAAGCAUUUUAACAGUGUGUUCGGUACAUCUACGUUAAUGAGCCAGCAAAUUGGGCAUUAGCCUAGACCAGGGGUGGGAAAACUACUGCUCGCGGGCCGCAUUCGGCCCUGCAACUGAUAUUAUGUGGCCCCCAGAAGGCAUUUAGAAAUACAAAAACUACUUUGUUUUAAAGUUAUUUUGUUGAAUUUUACAGAAUUGCAUGUCCCGUUAUGAUUGUUUUAACAUUUUUUUGAUCACAUUUCUAAUUUUCUAUCUUUUUAAACAGUCCUUGACUUUUGUCAUGUCAUGCUAAGAUGCGAAUUGACCGACUUCAAUAUAGAGAAAUGUUUAUCGAAAUGUCAAAAUUGGACAUGAUAUACAUGCGGCCCCACACUGGCUUUACAUUUGUCAAUGUGGCCCUCAGCACAAAAAGUUUGCCCACCCCGGGCCUAGACCAAAGCUUUGUGUACAACUGUAGUUUUAGAAAUGUUCAAAAUUUACUGCGACUUAUAUGCUGAAAUACUUUUUUUCCACCUAGGUUUUACGAAAACCUUGUCUAGAAAUGGUAACAUUACGUAGUGCGGCGUGACUGUUUCCGGUCUUAGAAAUGACAAGCCCUAUUUAAAAGUUGUUAACUUUCCCAAGAUGUUCAUAACUGCUGUAAAUGUAGAAGGCUCGGCUAUAGCAUCACGAGAGAAACAAAUAUUGCAUCAAUUUAUUUUCUAUUCAGAUUGGUUUCCAGAGAUGGAUGAGUACAAACUGUGGGCGCCCUUCGCCAAAAAGUACACCGUGCACGAGGAGACGUACCAGCUGGCCAGGUUAAUGUUGGCAGCCGGGAUGAAGCCGUACCAUGAACUCGGUUUGGAGAAAGCGAGACAGCAAUCCAUUGAUAGGACCAAGGUCGCAACUGGCUUCAUUGACUACAGCGGUGAUGAGUGGGAGGUAAUUGUGCCGUCGCCUUACUCAAAAGACGGAAUUCCUGUAACGGUGUAUAAACCUUCCUCAGCACCGGAAGUUCCCGCCAUAUUGGUAUUUUUCCACGGUGGCGGUCUCCUCUUGGGGAAUCGCAAACAGAACGAGGGGGCCCUCAAGAUUAUUGCAAGGGAUUCCGGGGCCAUCGUCCUGAACAUCGAAUACCGGUUGUUACCGGACCCGGUAUUUCCCUUGGCCCCUUUUGACGACGGGGUGGUCGUUACCAAAUGGGUUUUAGAAAACAAGGAAGCCGUCGGUGGUAAUCCAAGAAGCAAGGUCGGAGUCGGGGGUGACAGCGCAGGCGGUCAAAUCUCUGCAAGCGUCACCAAUGACGUUCCAGGGUUGGACUUCCAGGUUCUCGUCUACCCCAUGACGGACACGACUUUAUCCAGUCCAUCUUUUAAAGAGUUCGCAGAAUCCCCAUUUCUGGGUGCAGGCGACGUCAAAUGGUUUUUGGACAACUCUGUCGGGCUCCUGCCCGACUACAGCACCAACCCGAGGAUCAACCUGAUGAAGCGAACCAACACCGUGGACUCUCCGCCAGCCCUCGUCAUCCUCGCGGAGCUGGAUCCGUUGAGGGACUGCGGCCUGGAGUACGCCGACAAGCUGAGGGCCGCCGGGGUGGGUGUCCAGUGUGAGACCAUCAAGGGCGUCCCCCAUGCCUUCUUCACCCUGAGUGACGUGUUCAAGACGAAAUGCCCUGAGGCGUACGAUCUUGUUGUAAGGUUUCUGAAGAAUUUCCAGUCAUAAAAAGCUCUAUUUAUAACAUCUCUAUUACUCGAGCAUUGGUUAUUGGUCUUACAGGAAGUGACUCUAUAGGAACUGACUCUAUAGGAACUGACUCCAUAAUACCCAGAUCUGUUGAAGCCCUUUUUUUUUCUUAUAUAAGUUGCGCAUUUUAAACAGAUUUCUGAAAAUUUGUUUUCUUGCAUAAAAAUGUGGUUUUUUGUUUUUUUUGUGUGAACUAGAUAUAAUUGAUUCGUUCCUUAAUUGCGUCAUAAUGAUGAUUUUUAAAUCAUGUUUUUUUUGUUUUUUUUUCAAUUGUGUUGUUUUCUUCGGUCUGAAAUCCCAUAACAAAGGCGCUUUAAAUGGUUUCUUAUUAUAUGAUAAUAUUAAAUUUU